CGUCAGCUGGUCCACUCUCCGUACCCUUUCGACUGUUGGGGGUCUUUGUCGCAUGCGCCCGGUGUCAGAAUCCUGGCCCCACCUGCCUGGGAGGUCUCCUUGCCUUACUGGGCUGACCCCCUUCACGCGCUUGGGCCUAUUUGGUUGGGCUUUUCUCCCUGACCUACUAGCUCCCCUCCCUUGGGCCAUGGGGCCUAAUCUCCUUAGGUCCCAGUUAUGCCCCCAAUAAGGCCUGACCUCCUUGGGCCAUAGUUAUGCCCCCAACAAUUGCCCCCCCCCCCCAGUUGCACGCCUAGGGCCUUUAACUAGACGUCUAACUGGUCCGCUAUGUCUUGGCGGCGCUUGGCUGUCUCCUGCGCCUUCUUUUAGCUGGCGCCCCAUUUUUCGUACCCAUCGUAGGGAGGCGCUUACUAAAUACUCCGUUAUUCUCCGAUGCGCCUUGCCCCCAGUCUCUGUCUCUCUCCGAUUCUCCUCCCCUCUGCUGCCUCUUCAGCUUCCCCUCCUUUUAAUGCCAACAUGAGACCCUUGGGAUUCUUUCUCUUUUUGAGACUCUUGGGCUUCCCCUUAUCUCCCCCCAGUUCGUUUGGAAUUUUGAAUUUCAAAUUUCAAACUUCGAAACGGACUAACACCCUCUCCCUUCUCAUCCUCCUACCUUGCUCUGCCUUCUCUCUUCUUUCUCUCACUAGAGCUCGGCCGCGCUAACCCUGGCGCCUGCUCCUCUCUUCUGCGAGUCUCGACUGCACGCUCUCGCGAUGUCGUCUUCCCAAUAACCCGGCCCUUCACACUCUGCGCCUUCCGCUGAUGCCGCCGCUUCCUCGAGCGCUGCGCCUCAAGGCAGGGGCAGAGCUAGGAUUUUGGGUUUGGGGGGGGGGGGCUGGAAAUGUUUCGUAUACUAUCGCAACUAGACAAAAAUCAAAAUAAUUAUAUAAAUUAAUUAAUUGUGUGAAUUAUCAAAAUGUACGACAUGUUUUGUCAAAUAAUUAGAUUGACAUUGUUGUUAAACUUAUCGGGGGAAAUUUUUCCAAUAAAGCUAUAAAAUUGUAAAAAACUCCAACCGAAAAACUGACAUAAGUGGGGAUUGAACCCCUUACCUGUUGGAUAAGGAACCACUACAACUCCACUAGGAUAAUCAGCUUCUUUAGAUACCUUUUAACCCGUGGCCAUUAUUAUUAAACAUGUAUUUACUUUCGUGAUUUUCGAAAUUCUCCCCCGGGGGGGGGGGGGGGGGGGGGGGGGGGCCUUAGGCCCUGUGUAGCUCCGCCAAGGUAUGAAUGCUCUCCCUGCUCCGAACCCUUAGAUGUUCUUCAUGUCGCGCUUGCGUUAGCUGUGUCGUGCCGAGUUAGGGUUAUGCGCCUCUCUCUUUGUCCCAUGUGUCCCCCUUUAGAUCUGCCCUUGUAAACAUGCGCCCCUCCUUUAUUACCCUUCUCCUUCUUUCUAAUGCGCCCCCCGAUACCUUCCCUGCCUUCAUUUCCUUUCCUAACCAAUCUUUACUCCCUGCCCCAGGCCCUGACGUACCGCAAAACUACGCGUUUUGCUCGUGGGAGUCAACUUGGGCCUCGGGGUACGCGCCUGAGAACGUGGCGAGGCUACCCCUAGAGUCGGCGGGGCCUAAACACGCCUCGAAAUUGGUGCGUGUGCGGCUGGAGAAGCUUCUUGUGGCCGCUCAAAUGUCGGCGCCUUGGCGGUACGUCCAUGGCAGGGGCGGAGCUAAGUAGGCUCUCGGGGGGCCCCAGCCCCCCGAGAAUUUUGAAAGUUACGUGUAAACAUUCCGACCAUUUUGAGAUUUUCGUAUAAAGUGAAGAACAAUUAAAUAUGUUACAUUGCACCAAACUAACACAAUAAUACUUGGAAGUCUAGCGGAUGCAGUGUUUACUUAUUAUUUUUAAGUCUUGGGUUCGAAACCUACUCUUAGCAAAUUUUAGUCUUUUAAUUAAAUACCCUAUUAAAUAGUUUGCUUCUAAAAUAGCAAAUUUUAGUCUUUUAAUUAAAUACCCUAUUAAAUAGUUUGCUUCUAAAAAUGUCUAUAAUUUGUGAUAUUAAACCGAGUUCUUAGGUAUUUAUUUUUAAAUUAUGAAAUUAGAAUGAGUUGCAUAAUAUUGACUUGAAAUGCAUUAUUAAUUUGUUAGUUUGUUUCUAAUUUUAUAUUAAACGUGUCAUGGUAUUAGUGUAGAUCUUAUUUUGAAUGAAAAUGAAAUGUGUUACACACUUACAUUACAUUGAAUUACAUUUUAAUUGAUUUUUUAUUUUAAUAUAUAAUGAACCUAUCAUGUUAGAAAUUUGAACUUUAGAUCUUAUUUGGAGUUAUUUUAGCCAUCUUAAAAAGUGUAGUUAUAAUAAUAUAACAAAUCUAUU